GCGACUAGCAACAGACAAGGAAGUCUGAUCGCUUUUGCAGAAACACGCCAUCGAAGAAACAACACGCAGCGGCUUUCGUUCCACACUAUUCACGAUACCGAAAAAGACCGGCGACCUACGUCCAGUACUAAACCUGCGCCCGUUAAAUCAAUUCAUCCCACGACGUCCGUUCAAGAUGGAGACCAUGACGCAAGUAUGUCGAAUGUUACAGCCAAACGAUUGGCUGACCAGCAUAGAUGUGCAAGAUGCGUUUUUACAUAUUCUGAUACAUCCACACUCUCGCCGUUUUCUGCAGUUUCAGUGGAGAAAUCGCAUGUAUCGUUUUCGCACAUUGGUGUUCGGUCUGUCACUGUCACCAAUGAUCACGAAAAUUCUACGACCAGUACUUCGAUGGGCUCGCAGUCAGAACAUUCCCAUAUCAGCCUAUCAAGACGACCUGCUGAUCGCGGCCAAAAAUCAGCAGCAGUCAGUGGCUCAGACACAAGUCAUUGCGAAGUUACGCAGCCUUGGUUUUCUACUGAAGGAGUCCAAGUCUCAACUAGUACCAUCACAGAAAAUCGAACAUCUGGGCUUCACUAUCAACACGUUAACGAUGUGCCUAUCAGUGUCAACAACGAAGUUGCGCGACUUACGACGCGAAGCGCGCAAACUUCUCAAUCGUCCGACAGUCACUGUACGUCAUCUGUCAUCCUUCAUUGGGAAGGCACAAGCAACAACAUUGGCCGUGCUUCCAGCCCGGUUAUUCACCCGUCACCUCAUUGCAUGCCGCAACCAGACGCUAGCGCAAGGCUCAGAUUGGAACGAUCAGAUGAACAUCAGUCCAGCAGCUUGUCAGGAGCUCCAGUGGUGGUACAGCCAUCUGCAACAAUGGAACGGACAGAGUUUCAUGCCGUCGGCACCGGACAUCGAAGUGUACACCGGUUCGUCGGAUCAUGGGUGGGGCCUAGUCUUUGGCAACAAGACGAUAGCCGGCAAAUGGUCAGCAAAGCAUGCAACACAACACGUUAUCUACAAAGAACUUUUGACAAUACGCCAUGCGAUACGACAUCCGACUUUGCGAGGCAGGAAGCUUCGGGUGUAUUGCGACAACACAACAACCAUAGCGUACGUGAAUCACCUCGGUGGGACGAGGUCACCUGCGCUCAUGAACCUGGCAACGUCGAUUUGGCAAGAAUGUCUCAAGAGCAACACUCGACUUCAGCUGUCCUACGUAUCGUCGCAGUUCAACCCAGCGGACCCACCGUCGCGGCAGUUGCAGCAAUAAUUGGAAUGGAGCAUCAAACCGCAGUACUUUCACAAGUUGAACAUGGCUUGGGGACCACACGACAUCGAUUGCUUUGCGACACGGCAGAACACGAAGCUACCCCAGUUCAUGAGCUGGAGAUGGGAUCCGCAAGCAAUAGCGACCAAUGCUCUACACCAUCCAUGGAGGGAAUGGAAACGCAUAUAUGCAUGUCUACCGUGGAACCUUCUUCAGCAGGAACAGAUCAAAGCAACCAUCAUCACACCACAUUAACCCAGCGCCAUUUGGUAUCCAACGCUACAACAACUCAGCAGCAGCAAACCACAACGAGUACCACGAACAGCAGUAAUGGCUGCACCCGAACACGAUCAGUCACUCCUGAGCAAGAACCCACAUUGGUGUUUAGUCGCAUGGAAUAUAAACGGCGCCGCCUAGCAGAUGCUGGCAUCGCAACUGAAGCUGAGUCUAUCAUGAUGGGUCCUACGCACAAUCAACAACGCGUGCACCACUUUGAUCGCAUUCAACGCAGCUACAUCACCUGGGCACGUUCCCACCAGAUUGAUCCACUAACACCCAAUCCAGUACAGUUGGUCAACUAUUUGGCGUAUGGCCGUGUGCAUAUGGGUUGGUCAACUAGCACCUGCUGCAAUUAUCGUUCAACAAUUCUUGACUUAUACACAGAUCGCACAACAUUCACAUCCAACACUAUGUACCGCGAAUUUUUUGUGGCUCUCAACGAACAGACGGUCCGUUCAUUUGAUCGUCCUCAUUGUGACAUUCAACCGGUCAUUCAACAUAUAACAAAACUCGGCAACAACAACCAGAUACGCGCAAUCGACCUCACUCGCAAGCUCUGCUUUCUGCUUGCAAUUACGGGGUUUUUGCGAUAAUCAGAUAUCGAGAGAAUCGACGACUCCCGAACGAUAGUUUCAACAAAAGGGUUGCGUGUUGUCAUUGCGCGACCCAAGGAGAAACGUGGAGGGCAAC